AUGAAACGACACGAUUCCAAAGGAAGUGUCACGUCGAUGGCAUCAUCAUGCCGAGCCGGUGAAAAAAAGAUUCCGCCAGCACAUAUGAUUAUUCAACGUGAACAUGAUAACAAAUUGAUGUUGUUACCAGUAGCACAUGCUGUUAAUAGUUCAGUAACGGGCCUCAAAGUGAAUAAUACAACAACAUUCAAGUGUGAUCUUAAUAAUCGUAAACAAGAACGAGGAAGAAUCAUUCAAUUGGGAAGCAAGGAAGCAUGUACGGAACAGCUUCAAGUGUUUGAAAUGAUUGCUGAUGUUGAUACAAAUAAUACAAUUGAUAUUGAGAAUCAUGAAAUGAAUGAGCAAGAAGAACAUGAACAACAAAAAAAGAAUCCUAAAAAGCAAUCGACAAUGUCAGUUGGUGCACGUGAACUUAUGAGUAAAGGUUCAAAUACUAAUUCAAUCGUUCGUUCCACAAAUAAACCGACAAAUAUUCCAACACAAAAGAAAGACAUGAAAGCAAAACGUUUACAAUUUGAUGAUGAGAUUGAUGAAGCAAGUGAAAAUGAAGAUGAAUCACCUUGUGUUGUAUCAAAAGAUUCUGAACAGCCUAUCAUGUCUCAAAAGGAAUUUUUUCCGAGUAGUUCUUCAUCAACGAAAGGCAAAAAAUUACUACCUGUUGUUUCUCGAAAAGAUGGUCUUUCAAAGGUUUCUACUAAUAAGAUAAUUAUCAAUCCAUCAUCUCGAAACAAUGAAAACAUUGUUCAUAAUGAUACAACAGUUGUUGAUUUGGGCAACUCAGGUGAGUACAAUCAACGAGUAUAUAAAUAUAAUCUUUCAUCAUAUGUUUGUUACAUAGAGUUAGAGGAACAAUUACAGGAAAUGAGUAACACCGAAUUAUUACGUAAAUAUCAAGCAUUGUCGAUCAAAUGCAAAAAUUUAUCCAAUGAAAAUAUUGCAUUACAACUCGAAUGUGAUCGUUUAACAGAAGAAAAUCAAAUUUUAAAAACAACAACAAUGCGUAAGUGUAUUGUAUGUCCUCUAUUUAUAACAUACAAAGACUAA